GCUCGGCUCCGGCCACCCAGACCGGGAGCAGGCGCUGGCCGCUCAGGGGAAGCAGCAUCGCGGAGGAGACUGGCGCUAGGAUGGUUCCCCCACCGCCCGUCAACAAGCCCCAUGCCUGCCUUUCCACUGUCCUCAUCAUGAGCAGCUUAGUGCUGAUGGAUGCUUACCUGGUGGAGCAGAACCAAGGCUCCAGGAAACUGGGCAUCUGCAUCAUGGUCUCGGUGGGCGACGUCUGCUUCCUACUGGUGCUCCGGUACAUGGCGGUCUGGGUUGGGGCCGAGGUGAGGACAGCCAAGCGCGGUUACGCCAUGAUCCUCUGGUUCCUUUAUGUCUUCGUGUUGGAGAUCAAGGUCUACUUUGUUUACCAGAACUACAAGGCUGACCGGAAGAGCCUGGACCUUCUGGCACGCAAAGCCCUGACCCUGCUGCUGUCCGUCUGCAUCCCAGCCCUCUAUGUGCUGCUGGUGGCCACUGAGCACAUGGACUACGUCCGGACAUUCAAGAAGAAGGAGGACCUCCGCAACCGCCUCUUCUGGGUCAUCAUUGACAUGCUGGACGUGCUGGACAUCCAGGCCAACCUGUGGGAGCCCCAGAAGAAAGGGCUGCCCCUCUGGGCCGAGGGCCUGAUGUUCUUCUACUGCUACAUUUUGCUCUUGACUCUCCCUUGCGUGUCCCUGUGCGAGAUCAGCAUGCAAGGGUUCAACAUCGUGCCGCACCGGAUGAUGCUUUAUCCCCUGCUGAGCCUGCUCACUGUCAACAUUGCCACCCUCUUCAUCCGGGGGAGCAACAUGGUCUUCUUCCGGGAUGCCCGGGUUUCGGGCAUCUUCAUGGGCAAGAAUGUGUUGGCCAUCGUGCUGAAGCUCUGUAUGUUUGUGCAGUACCAGAAGCAGCUGCGACGCGAGCCGGCGGGGUUCAACGCCGAGCCCCAGCACAGCGUCACGCCCCAGCCUGCCCUGCAGCUGUUGAAAUCCCAGAACCAGACGCCCGGCCCCGAAGCGCUGGGCCCAGAGAACACGUGACCUGAGGCAGGCACCGCAGACUGGGCAUAGAGUGAUACCUCUGUUUGGGGUUGGACCCUAACAAUGGCAGAGUACCGGUGCUUGCCGAGCCCCCACCCAAUGUUGGUUUCUCCAGGAAGUCUGUGAGCGACCCCUCCUUGCUUUGCACGGACAAACUGACCAGUCACAUCCUAGCUGAGCAUGGGGCUGGGGAACAGCCAAUGGUAGCCAGCCCCCGAGGCCAGCUGGCGGACCCUGUAGAGAGGCUAUCGAAGGGGAACAGGCAGUGCCAGGCGACAGGGUCUAUCCCUGCUUGCUCCCCUGUAUUCCUUCAAUUGCGAGGGUGUCGUAGUGUGAUGGCUCUGUGAUGGGCCUGCUGGGAAUGUCCUGGGGGGACACAAUCUGAGUGGACUCCCUGCACAGUCACUGUGAGGUCAGAGUCAGCCGAGGAAUCUAACAGUGCCGGAGGGCACCCGUUCUGCCCUCGAUUGAGUCUCCUGGGCCCCUCUCUCUGCACGCCCACACGUUCCCCCCAACACACAUACUCUGCUGCCUGUUCCCUCUUCGGGAGUGCAGGAUCCCCCAGGGCAGUGGUGCUGGAGCUGCCCAGCCCCCAGACGCCCAAUGGGACUCACUGGCUUGUGGGCCUUCUUCAUGAGCAUCUUCCUUUUUCCAAUAAACGAGAGUCCAAGCCC